UUUCUGGUGUAUUACUCUGAAAUUUUCAUCAAAAAUGGCUAAAUCCACCAUUCUUGCUAUUUUGAUGAUCGUCCUCGUUCUAGGGAUGGUAACGAAAGAGACACAAGGACAAGAAAUGUGUCGUGAUCUUUUAAUGAGAGCUCAAAACUGUGAUGCUGGCACUUGUGCCACUCUGUGUAAGCAAAAAUGGAAAGGAAAUGGAUCGUGCUUCCCAAACUUUCAAAUCAAAAGCUGCCUCUGCACAUUUCCUUGCAAAACUUGAACUUUUACGGAAACAAAUUGUAAUUUAUAAACUAAUAACAGUAAUAAAAAUAAUGAUAGUAAAACUUAUAAUAAUGAAAUGAAAU